CGUACAUACAAGAAGAGUACGAACGCAGUGGAGCAGAUUGAAUCCCUUGCUCGUCCCUCGAUUGAUUGAUUGGCUUUUCUUCCCUUUUCAAUGCUGCGUGGGUUGUGUGGGCAGACACGCAUGAUCUUGCUUCAUGUUGACUGACCGCACGAAUCAACACCCCCCUCCCCUCCUUGGAGAAAAAAGCACCCUUUUGUCUCGCGUCGCUUUGCCGUGCUCGCGUGCUCACCUGCCCCCUUUAUUUCGUUCCGUGGCUUUGCUUGCCGGCUGCUCGCUUGCCCUGAGCGUGACCUGAUCCUUUCUCGUUUCGAGUUCAGACCCUCUCUCUUUCUCUUUCUCUCUCUCCUCCCCCUCCCCCCUCUUUGCCUCAUCCCCCCCCCCCUUUUCCUCGCUCGGUUCGUUGCCGUAUCCCGUCGUCGUCGUCGCGCGCCAUCACGACCAGCAGCGAGCCCGCCGCCCAAUACUGCCAUGUGAAGCACCAUUUCGCACCGUCCUUACCUCCCCCCUCCUUGUCGUCGUCGCGCGCGCCGAUCGGUAUGGAACAACGACCCUCGGGCCGCGGGCGUGGCCUCGCCCUGCACGUCGCCUCUCGCCUUCGCGGCCUCCGACGCCUGGCACUGGCCACGGGCUCGCGCUUCACCAACUGCCGCUUCGUCUUCGCCUUGUCGAUGCUCGCCGUCCUCGGCGCCAAACUGAUACACAUCUACACCCACCUGUCGGCCUUGGCAACCGUCUAUCUGGUGCGAUGGGGAUACUCCUUCUUCGCGCAGGACAUGGUCCUGCUCAUCAUCUUGCGCCUGCUUCUCGACAGCUGGCUCUUCUCCCCCCGCAGCUCGGGCUCUCUGCGAUGGAUUGCCUCGUGCCUCGCGUCCUUCUUCGUCGGAAUCGUCAUCUUCCUCAACGUCAUCAACAUCUGCUUCUUCGUCGUCAGCGGCUCCGAAAUACAUUGGCGCAACGUCGGGCUCGCUGGGGAUGCUGCCGGGCGUGCGCUUCUCCUUUCCGGCCUCGUCUCGGCCCUCCUCGUCACGGGCGCCCUGAUCCUGCUUUCGUGGCUCCUGCAGGACAUUCUGUAUGCCGUCGUGGGAUUGCUGGUGGACAUUGUUAGUUGGCCCAUCGCCCCUCGCGCUCGCGCCCGGCUCUGCAGAACCAACUUCCAAACCUCGACCGCCGAGUACACCGAGAUACCCCAAGGCGACCUCGAAUCCGCCGCGAAGAUCGAGGAGCAGGAAACUCCCCAACACUCCCCACGAUAUGCCUUCAUCGACGGCGUCAAAAGCUGGCCCUGGGCCCGCAUAUUACACCACGCGUCGUAUGCCCUGGCCGCCAUCGCCCUGCUCUCGCAGGUCAUCCUGUGGGCACUUCGACCUGGUGACAAUUCUUUGUUGUUCAUGUCGUGGACUCCGGCACUGCUCCCGUUUGUCGAUUUCAAAACAUCAACCGCGAAUUUAGACAACGUCGUCGUACAAAACGCCACGAGCAUCUACCACGGCUGGAAGGAUCGGACCGCUCUUCGUGAUCCGAUUCCCUUCUCCUGGCUACCGGAAGACUCGAUCGCAGGCUUCGAGGAUUGGUACGAUGGCAAAAAACAUUAUUCAGCAGAGGCCGACCCCCUUCGAAUCUCGAACCUCGACGAAAAACUUCUCCCCGAGUUGAACAACCUGAAGGACGUGCCCAUCCGGCACAUCAUGGCCAUUGUGCUAGAAAGCACCCGGAAAGACGUCUUUCCUAUCAAGAACUGGGGCAUCAAUGCGGCACGCCUCCGAGAUUCCUGGGACGAGAAGGAAUUCCCUCCCAAGGCGCUAGAACGCCUCAAGACGCUUACACCGACGGCCAAGUACCUCACGGGCGAUUACGACGAUCAAUUUGAGCGCCCCGAGUCGGAGAGAAAUGGGACAGGGCGAGGCGGCAUCAAUUUCAACGAUGCGUACACGACAUCGACCUACACUCUGAAGAGCUUGGCGGGCUCACUAUGCGGUGUCAUGCCCAUGACGGCCGACUUCAAUCUCGAAUACCAGCACCACAUCUACCAGCCAUGUUUCCCACACAUCGCAGCGGCGCUUAACACGCUCGAGCACACCGACAACGGGGGGCACGAAUUCGGCGGGUACAAUUGGACAUCAACCUUUAUGCAAUCCGUUACCUUGACCUACGACAACUUCGGCCACCUGAUGAAGAAGAUUGGGUUUCCCGAAGAGGGCCUCAUCGACAAGGAAUAUCUGCAGAGCGGCGCGGCCAAGUUCGGACGCGUUACCCUGCCAGAUGUGAAUUACUUUGGUUUUGAGGAGACGCCGCUCGAGGAUUACAUACGGGAUCAAUUCGAAACGGCCAAGAAGAACAACGGCCGCGCGUUCAUCACCCACGUUACGAGCACGAGCCACCAUCCGUACGCGAUGCCGGAGUCGGAGGAGUAUGUGCCCCUCGGCAAGGGUUUGGACGAUUUGUCACACUAUAUUAAUGCCAUUGGCUACGACGAUCGGUGGCUGGGCAAGAUACUCGGUUUCUUGGACGAUCUUGGGGUCGCAAAUGAGACCUUGGUCAUCUUUGUCGGCGACCACGGCUUAUCGAUUCCAGAGAAUGACAUUCUGGCCUCAUAUUACAAUCCCAACAAAGCAAACAACCACGUCCCGCUCGUCUUCUCGCAUCCGAAAUUACCCCCCAUUACGAUCAACGACGCCGUCUCCACACAGUCAAUAUUGCCGACCGUGCUGGACCUGCUCAUCGAGACGGGCUCCCUAUCCGGCUCCGCAACGCAGGCGGCCAAGGACCUGCUGCACAACUACGAGGCUCAGUCCCUCCUUCGGCCCACGCGCCAGUCGCACCACGCGCAGCCGACGUCGGGCCUGCACUCGUCGGAGGAGGAGCUGGAGAACUGGCAGCUCACCAACAUCAACCCCGGUCGCGCCAUGCUGGGGGUUCGCGAUGCGCGACACAAGCACUGGCGCAUGGUGGUGCCGACGGUGGACAAUGUCGAGUGGCGCUUCACCGACACGAAGCGAGACGACCGCGAGGCCCACCCCAUCGUGGGAUUCAACUUUGACAUCUUCAAGAAGCAGGUUGGGGAGCAGCACGGAGACGAGGCCGCGACAUGGGUGGAAGAAGGCGCUUACGUGGUGCGAUGGUUUGUCGAGGAAAAUAGCAGGCGUUGGCGGUAUGGGCCUUACAAGGAGUAAAGUUGAACGGAACGGGUGAUCAUUUAGAAAGCAAUAAAGCGGCCAGGCCUAUAGAAGCCGGCAAUUGAACAUUUUGGGCA